GGAAGGGUAGCUGGCUUUCCCUGGGCCCUCUUCCUCAUUUACCAUUUCUGUCCUUUCCUUCCCAAGCUAAAGGUCAUUUCUGCUUUGCAAAGAAAACAGGAUGUGAGUAGUUGUAGCUUCCCUCCACCAUCUUUAACGCAGCCCUACUCUUCGGAAGCAUCAGUCCCAAGCCCUCAUUCUUGUCCCUAAAACUGCUACUGCUUCAAAAUCCCGUGAGCUCUUGUCCCUGAGGAAUUCUGGCCCAGGAACAAUGGCACCAGUGACACAGGUCAGCUUUAUCCUCAUCCUCAUCCUACUCUCUCUGCCGCCCGUCAGUCCGGGAACGCUGAAGAGGCGGGUGCUGGGGAAAGCUGCAAAGCUGGAGAGUCAAGGAAACGACUGCUCCCAGAUCUGGACAGACAACCCAAAGUCCCCGAGUGGCGUGUAUGUCAUCAGGCCAGAGGGGACCCCUGAUGCCUUCCGGGCUUACUGUGACAUGGGAGAAGAUGGCGGCUGGACAGUCUUCCAGAGGCGGACAGGGGGCAACGGCAAGCCGUUGGCGUUUGACCGUGUCUGGUGGGAGUAUGAUUAUGGCUUUGGGGAUGUGGAAGGUGAACACUGGUUGGGCCUGUCAAAACUUUACUUCCUGACGCACCAGCCCGGCACCCGCGCCCAGCUGAAACUGGAUUUACACAAUUUUGAAAAUGAGAGCCGCCAUGCCCUGUAUGACUCUUUCCAGAUCAGUGAUAAGUCCAGUUUCUACACCCUGAAACUGGGCAGGUACUCUGGAAAUGCAGGAGACUCCUUCGGUGGUGAAAACUGGAGAGGAGCAGCCUCCCAGGUAGGGAGUGCCUUCAGCACCCUGGACAGGGACCAUGACUCCUGUAACCCCUGCAUUAGCGGUGACAUAGCCUUCAAUGAAUGCAGCCAACAGAAAGGGGGUGCAGGCUGGUGGUUCAGCGACUGUGGGGUGGCCAAUCUCCAUGGUGACUGGCAUCCUGAGGGGGACCACAAAAUCUGGAGUUCUGACAUCCACUGGGGAACCUGGAGCCCAACAGAAUCCCUAAAGGCCACUGAGAUGAAGGUGAAAACUGUGGUGAUAGCAGCGACCGAGGCUUAGGUGCCAAGGGCCCUUCUGGCUGCCCCAGGACCAGAUCGGAAGCAUGGUGUGCCCAGAGAGCCAAUCUGAGGGCGCCUGGAGGUGAUGGAGGUGAUCUAAAGGGACUGAUAAAUUGGGGGGCAGGGCCUGAUGGGCACAAAAUGUCCGCUGAAGAAGUUGGGGAAAUGAUCAAUAAAACAGAGAUUCCAGUC